UUUCUCUGAAGCCAGAGCCAAGAACGGGUGCAAGUAUGCGCUGUAUUCAUCUCGCGAGAAGCGUGCCAUGCAUUUUGCUGGAACUCGCCCAAUGAGGUUGGUUUAAUUCGUUUACGCAGGAGUUCGCAUUGUGACCACUAUCACACACAACACGAGCGGGCUUAUGGAUCCUCGCAAGGUUGCGCAUUCGAAUCUAUUUCGACCCUUUGAAGACAUCGAUGGACAACGUGUUUCUUACGGCAGCCAAGAAACGCAGUCAGCAGCAGCUUCUGCUGCUGAUGAUGCAUGCGCGCACACUCUCAAAGUGCGCAGUGCGCCUUCGCCAAAGAGCAGCUGCAGCGGUGCCUCGGACACCGCUCGAGACGAUCUCGCGUUUCUUUCACCGGGCGUCCGACAGCAUCCUGGCCGCGCGACUCGAACACCCGCAGAGGCGUCGGCUCCUGCGCAACAUUCAAGCGAGAAGCCCCGAUUAUCUUACACGGCCCUCAUCGCAAACGCCAUCCUCUCCUCGCCAGACAGACGCCUCAACCUCAGCUCCAUCUACAGUUGGAUCGAGGAGCGCUACCCCUUCUACGGCCGACAGGACCGCCGUGCCGCUCGCGGCUGGCGCAACAGCGUCAGGCACAAUCUGUCCCUCAACGAGUGCUUCGUGAAGGUGGGCAGGUGCGAGGACGGCAAGGGCAACUACUGGGGCAUCCACGAGCCCCACGUGGAGGCGUUCGAGCGAGGCGACUUCAGGCUGAACCUCGGCUCGCGGCGUCGCAGGAGACCGGCGGGAUUCCGUGAUCCCGAGCUCACGGUGGAGCGGACGAAUGCGCCGAUGGACGCUUGCGGGUGGCAUUUCCCGGGCCUCUGCUGCUGCGCUUACACUACUCCCCACCACGUGUGCCUCCUGUACUCUUGCGGGCGGGAGGCGAUGCGCUGGGCUGAAAUACCUGCGCGCUCCUGGGGUUGGGUUGUGCCCGGAUUGUCUCUCUGCCAUGGCUGUCUCGUGCGCAACAUUGCAACAAGCGCGUUGACCCACCCCAGUCUGUACUGUUCAGUGUAGAGCUAAAGGCGCGGCCCUGCAGUGACUUGAUCACGUCAUUGUUGGCGGAAGGGCUUCCACUUGAGGGAGCUCUCGAGAGCCCCUCUCGAGGGUAAUUUGGCCUACUCUUCCACUGUGGUCAGAUGUCUUUGAAUAGGUGGGAGUCCCCACAUUUUACCCCACCAGACGCGACCUGUGAAUAGACUGUGUUGUACCCGAUUACACUGCUGGUUGGGCAUUGGUGGAGGGAUUUAAUUAACGUUUCCAUUCAGUCAACUGGCGUGUCAGUAAAUUCAACCGGUGACCUCUGGAUUGCAAGUCCGGUGUGCUGACCACGGCAGCAUACUGAGUGGAAGGGAAUUUAACAUAAUGCGCAUUGAUCAAUGUAGAUUUUUUUUUCAUCCUGUGCUGAUUACAAUG